GCCGCGAGUAAAAAAGAAGGCUCUGGCACGAGGACGAAGAAGCAGAAGUAGAGAGAGAAAGAGAAGAGAGAGCUCGGUUGGGAUCAAGAGAGGCCUCGAAGCCAUCCAUUCAUUCAUUCACCCACCCAUCCAUCAUCAUUAUCGUGUCCAGGUCGGAACCGAUAAAUUUUCAUCAUCGUCGUCGUGUUUAUGUCUUGGGAAAGUGUCCGUUUCUUUGCUCUCUCGUGGCUGUGUCGUCGUCGCGCUAUCGGUGUGUGCACGAGCCGCAUUGGCUGGCUGCCGGAACUCUGUCCCCUCCUGGCCCUGGCAAUAUUUCGUCGACCAGACUGUGUCGUCUGUGCAGCUUGAAACUCCGGGCCUCCGAGCGCGCCCGGUCGUUGCGACGAAGGAAUUGAACGUAGUGGGCGCUAGAAUUCCGGUUAAGGAACUGGGGCGGGGAGGGACAGGAAGAAACUGAAGAACAAGAAGACGGUAAGGACAGGCCAGGGCAAGGAAAGUGCGAGCUGUGAGGUAAGGCAAAGGAAACGUAGGUCUGGAGUCGCAGGACAGGAGCCAUUGUGACAGGUGCAAGAAGAAGAAGAAGAAGGAACGAACGAACGACGGGAGCGCGAAGCGUUCAGGGCCGAGGAACGGGAAAGAAGGUGUUGACCAGUAGAAAACCCUAAUUGGCGAGUUUUACAAAGGGAGGGAAAGAGUUGGACAGGGCGAAGGGUUGUAGCUUGAUGAAACGGACUCUGGGAGAGGCCUGGAGCAGCAGGUAGGAUUGAGGGGGAAAAUUGGCUGCGGAAUCCAGGGGAGACGCGGGCCGAGUUGGAGGACGAGGUCGACAUUCUUGAGGGUUUUUGCGGAUUAAUUUUCGAGGGGUUUUUCGCGUAGAGGUUCAAGCGUUAGAGGAGGAGAGGGAAAAGAGAAUUAGAGUUGCAUGUUGAUCAGGGAGGCUGGAUUUCUUCUGGGACUCGCGGAUGGAUCCAAGACUGGAUCACUCGAGGAUGGACCCUCGAAUGGAUCCGAGGUUGGAUCCGAGGAUGGAGCCGAGGAUGGAUCCGAGGAUGGACGCGAGAAGCAUGGACCCUCGCCUCGAACAAAGAAUGGAUGGCAGGAUGAUGCAGCCUUCGGCUGACAAUCGCUCUUUUGAGUUCGGAUUCACCACAGCUGGUGGGCGGAGAGAGGUUCGGACUCUCGAGGAUUUAUUUCAUGGUUAUGGGGUCCGAAUAGCCACGUUAGCCAAGAUGACGGAGAUGGGGUUCACUGUGAGCACACUGGUGAAUAUGACAGAAGCGGAGCUCGAUGAUGUUAUACAAACCAUCUCUGAUAUUUUGCAAAUGGAGCUUUUGGUUGGAGAGCGGUACGGAAUCAAGUCAGCAGUUAGAGCUGAGAAAAAGCAUCUGGAGGAAGAGUUAGAGCGCCAACGAUUAGAGCUGCUGACGAAAAGUGAACGGAAGCGCAAGCUCGACGAGGUGACAAGUGCCCUUGUGACCAAAGAAGGUACCGUAAGCGAGCAAAGGCGGGAAAGUGCGAUGAUGAUGCCGGAAUCUAUUGCCCCUGUCAACGCCCUGAACUUGAACAGUAAGGAGCCACCUCUUCUCAUGGGAGCAGGGCAUAGUUCCCUUACUCCAGGUCUUCUCGCACUUGCAGAAAACAGCAGUGAUAGUGAAGACAAGCGGUUAGGGAAGAAGAAGCAGAAACGGCGGAGACCAAAAGAGCAUGGAGAGGAUGGAGAGGAUAGGCCUCGGGAGCAUCCAUUUAUUGUCACAGAACCUGGGGAAGCUGCAAGGGGGAAGAAGAAUGGAUUGGAUUACCUCUUUGAUCUCUAUGAACAGUGUGGGAAGUUUCUGGAGCAAGUGCAACAACUUGCAAGGGAAAAAGGAGAAAAAUGCCCAACAAAGGUGACGAAUCAGGUCUUUCGGCAUGCGAAACACACAGGAGCAGGUUAUAUCAACAAACCCAAAAUGCGGCACUAUGUGCACUGUUAUGCUCUACAUUGCUUGGAUAUUGAUCAGUCCAAUGCGCUCCGGAAACUGUACAAAGAAAGAGGGGAGAACGUCGGGGCUUGGCGUGGUGCUUGUUACUACCCUUUGGUAGCCAUGGCUCGAGACAAUAAUUGGGAUAUUGAGGGUCUAUUUAACAGAAAUGAGAAGUUACGAAUAUGGUAUGUCCCGACUAAACUCAGGCAGCUUUGCCAUGUAGAGAAGGUUAAAUAUGGCGAGUAGAAGAGUGUAACGAAUUUUAGCCGGUUAGCUGCAACAGUUACGUAGAUAGUGGACAAUGCCUUCAGUCACGCAUGGCAUAGUUUGUUCGGUCCACAAAGGGUAGGAUUCAGGAUUAAUUUUGUGCCAUAGUUUUUACCCUUUGAAUGUAACUUACAACAAUGUGUGACGAUCAUCUUGGCUUGGAAAGAUCCAUACCAAUGUUUUGUGAAAUUCAGUAGAUUCAGAAAAGUACUCUCUUUGGCGCAGUCUCCUACCAGGAAGGAAAACUUACGUUAGUCUCAACCUUCAGAGAUACUUUCAGUCAAGUGUGACUCUCGCAUUAAAUGCGAGAGCAGCAAAUUGGCAGUUUUCAGAGAGUUAUGGCUAGAAGAGAUACAAACUCAUCUUUCAUGUAAAGUUUCAAAAGAGGUCCAAGAAUGAACUUUUUGGUC